CUCCCCCUUUCUCACUAGAUAAUACCACUCUCUCUUCAUCCUACUAAGUUCUGAGCAGACCCCCAUCAUCACUCACUGCUCACAGCCAUGCCAGAGGUUACGACUAUGAAGCUGGGGGUUGAUCUUGAGUGUGACCGCUGUUACAAGAAGAUCAAGAAACUGCUCUGCAAAUUUCCUGAAAUACGAGACCAGGCUUUCUUUGAGAAGGAAAACAUAGUGAUGAUCAAAGUAGUAUGCUGCAGCCCUCAUAAGAUCAGAGAAAAGCUUAUCUGCAAAGGCGGCAAAACCAUCAAGUGGAUUGAGAUUAUAGGACCGGAGAAGCCUAAGCCCCCACCGGAGAAGGCAAAACCCCCGCCGGAGAAGCCAAAAGAGCCCCCGCCGGAGAAGACUAAAACGCCGCCUGAGAAGCAAAAACCCCCACCAGAGAAGCCUAAAGAGCCCCCGCCGGAGAAGCCUAAACCGCAGCCGGAGAAGCCGCCGGAGAAGCCUAAACCGCAGCCGGAGAAGCCGCCGGAGAAGCCGCAAAAAUCUGAAAAGCCACCUGCACCUGCUCCAGUACCAGGUUACCCACAAGUCUAUCCAGUUGCAGUGUGCUGUAAGCCAUGUUUUGAUCUGGGGCAUGGUGGCCCAUGCCACCAUGGCCAUGGUAUUCCAUACCAACGACCAUCAACCUAUGAUGGAUAUGUGAGGCUAGUGCCAUCCUAUGAUGAGCCUUAUGGCGGCUGGCCUUCUGGGUGUCGCUGCAACAGGAGCUAUGGCUGCCGCUGUGAAUACUUUACUGAAGAAAAUCCAGCAUGCACCAUCAUGUGAAUGGCAAUCCAUGUUGAUUGUCUUUAUCUGGAUCUUUAAUCCCUUUCCUCAGUGGGGUGUUGAAUCAGUUCUUUUGGGAGCAUUUGGGGUUCUUUCUUUUUCAUAACAUAAAGGUUGUAUAGGCAAAAGCAUUAAUAAUAAUGUUGGUGCCCUAAUGUUUGUGGAUCAAUGGAUGUUGGUGAUUGUUAUGGUAUU